AGAGGCUUAACCCACCGAGCCACCCAGGCGCCCAGGUUCUGAUCUUCUCAAGGAUAAAUGGGCAGUGGGUGCCACAGGAGGAAAAGGAUGUUGUUACCUCAGACCUUAAGACACUCCUGGGCUCCUGAGAGUAAAGGUCUCAGAUACUAGUGGUAGAGAGGUGAGAAAAAUCCUGAGACAAGGGACAUCUCCCAGGUUAGCUUCAAGGCCAGUUUGUAGGGCUAUUCAGAUCUUGCUCACAGACAGGAGUUCUGCAGAGGAAUUCUCAAACUGUCAUGGGGAGAGGGGAAAUAUAAUAAGGUCUUUUUCUUCAUUCCCCUUGAAGCCUCCCACUUUUAUAUAUUAGGGCUCCUGGUUUUUAUUGUUGUUGUUGUUUUGAAACUUUUAUUGACUUAUUUGAGAGAGAGAGCAGGAGGGAGAGGAAGAGAGAAUCUGAAGCAGGCUCUGGGCUGUGCACGGAGCCUGACUCAGGCCGAGAGCCCAUCACCUUGCGAUCAUGACCUGAGCUGAAACCAAGAGUUGGUCAUUUAAGUGACUGAGCCACCCAGUAUCCCUGGGGUUCUGUUUCUUUGAAAUGAAAUAGCAUUGGAAAUGCAUAUGGUUUUUUCUGUCAUUCCAAACUCUGAUAAUACAGCUUAUCAAAAUGAAAAGAAUGGUUGGCAUGCACGACUCAAGAACAGAAUCAUUUUUAAAGAUUUCAUUUAUUCACUUGACGGAGAUCACAAGUAAGCAGAGAGGCAGGCAGAGAGAGAGGAAGGGAAGCAGGCUCCCUGCUGAGCAGAGAGCCCGAUACGGGGCUUGAUCCAGGACCCUGAGACCAUGACCUGAGCCAAAGGCAGAGGCUUUAACACACCCAGGCGCCCCAGAAUCAUUUUUAAAUAGGGCUUUAGCAUUGUGUCCUUUAUAAGGAUGCAUGGUGAAUGUGACUGUGAAAUUUAAUUUUUUAAAAAUGAAGCUGCUAUUGUGCUUAUUUACCUUUCUAAGUGGGAUUGUCUGAUCUUUCAAUUAAAAUUCUUCACAAAUACUGAAAUCCCUUGGAAGGUAGGACUGACUGUUAGCCCUGACAGCUUGGUCCCUUCUUUAUGGGCUUGAGAAUACGCACGUAUGUUUGUUUCGUUUUCUCUGAACUUUCCAAUAGAACUUCCUGGGAAUUGAGUCUCUCCACCUGGAAUAUCAAAUUCUACUGUCCUCAUCUCCAGUGAUGGUUUGCAAUGCAAAUUGUCGGGUUGGUUACACACAGUACCAUAACCAUGGUAACCAAAUGAAGACAAGUUUGCCUUACUUCCUCAGUGAAGUACUUUCCAGCCCUGCAUUCAGACCUGAUGUUACUGCCAACAGUCAAGGGCUUUAAAGAAACAGCCCGAGGGUUCAGAGAUAUAAAAACACAACUGGAGCCAUUGUAUUCCUUCCCCCACACUCCUCGCCUGAGUCCAGGACUGGCUACCAAUCUCUCCUGCCAUUUCUAACUGCUUUCAGCUUUCUUGGAGGGGAGACUAGAAAGAAUCCCUCUGUAUCUUUAUCCCCAGCUUGACUGUAGAUUUGGGCAAGCCCACUGCCCUGGCUUUCCAUGUCUAGCUCCUAAACAGGAGCAGAUAGAAACCUGCUUCUGUGUUCACAAGGACUUUUUAGUGUUAGCAGCUGUGAUGCUCAAGGAGACAGGAAGGCGUCCAAAUAGAAGCAGACACUUUCUGAGAACAACCACAGCAAGUUGCAAGGGCCACUUCUCUGCCAAAAUUCCUUUCUUCUGGUAGAUUCAUUCUUACCAUUUGUUUGUUUCCAGCCUGUGGGGGAAGGGUCUCAGUCCUCUGUUCUCAGUUUCUUUCUGUUGGAAUGGGAGGGCAGCUGUGGUAUGAUCUGAAACUUCCGUACCCGCAGCAGUGUGACCUGGUGAUGCCCAGGAAGAAAGACUAUAAGCCAUAAGUUUACCGAAUUGCUCUCUCACAAUGGCGGAGAGGUCACAUGGUUCCAGCAACUCCCAAGGAGGCCAAGAAAAGAGCAGGAGAGAGAUCCUGAGGUCCACCAAGAGGGUGUGGACUCCCCUCGAUGAGCAGCUGCCUCCUGGCUCUGAGGAGGAAAGCCAGAGUGUCAUCAUCCCCACACUGGAAGAUUCCAAACAAGCAAGUAUUCAGCAGUGGCUGGACUCUGGAUUCUUGGUCUCUGUAAAUGAAAACUUUCAGCAAGUCAUCGACCACACUGUUUCUUUACAUGAACAAGAAAUGGUGCACAUGACCGUGAAGGACUAUAUGAGAUCUCUGCAUCCGUUUUCAGAAACUCCCACCCUUUCCAGAGGGACCAGUUUCAACUCUUGCCAUUCUGCUGCAAGUCUCCCACAAAGCAUUCCUGAAUGGCUGGAAUUUUGGGAAAAAGAUCCGGUGGAGAUUCUCUUGGAUCUGGGGUUUGGUGCAGAUGAGCCCGACAUCUGCACACAAGUCCCAGCCAGAUUUCUGGGUUGUAGCUCAGCCGCCAGAGGAAUCAACAUCCGGGUCUUCCUUGAAGCUCAAAGGCAGCGAAUGAACAUUGAGAAUCCUGACUUGUACAGUCGUUUCCAACAGCUGGAGAUCCUGGACCAGGUAGCCAAUGCCUUCUCAUCUUUGCUGAAUAAUGUUAACAUCCUGCAGAACAAAGAUGAAGAGGAAAACAGAGGGGAAAAUGUGGAAAGAACCUCAAUGAGUGAAGCCAAUGGACAUCGGAAGAGAAUGGGUAAACUUUUCAAGAGAACUUCAAAGCAGAGCAUUAAAAGAGAUUGUAGCCCAGAAGCAUCAGAGUCACUGAAGAUGAGGGGCAAAUUUUCCAUCACCUCUGCAAAAUCAGGAGGGUGUGGAGCAGAGUUAUCAGUUGUGACAAACAACCAUGACCAAAGCCAUUUGUUUCCUUUGGCAGAACACUUGUCUCUCCAAGCCUGCAAUGAUUUGGUUCCCUGUCAUGCUCCCCAAGCUCUUGUGAGCAAACAGUGGCCUCGCUCAUCCACAUUGGCUAAGAGGGCUCCUCUUUCCUGUAUGUCUGAGGGCUCGGUCAAGGACAAAACUGAAAAGGUACACUCCAUUCAAACUAACAAGCUCAAGAGCUUGUCUCAUCUUGCAAGAGAAGCACUGGACUCCUUUGAAUUGGAAGAGGUCCAGAGCUUUGAGGAAGAGACUGGUAAUCCUCCUGACAUGACAUCAGGAAUUACAGGUGCCAUAGUGAACAGAGAAAACAGCUGCCAGUCUGACAGCAGCGGAUUCCUGGACGACCCCCUGGAACCAUUCUCCUUGCAGAUGCCUUCCUUGCCAAGCAGCCAGAGUCCUGUUGAGAAUGGAUGUAGAGAGCCAAGGGAUCAGAGCCAGUGCUUAGUGCCACCCCAGGACUGCCAGCGAGAGUCAGAUGAAUCUGAUUCCAAGAGUAUGGUGAACACAGCCUUUUCAAAUCAAGACUGGAGUGUCAUGGAAGAAAAGGCCUCAACAUCUACAGUGGAGGAAGAGUCUCUGUUUGAGGAUAUGGAGAAGCCUCCAGAGCCAUUGACCCCAUAUACAGCCCUUGACGGGACCCCCAGAGGGGGAGAACACCCAAGGAAAGACAGCCAUCCAAGGCAGGACUUUCCCAGGCCCCAAACUGGAACUGAGGCCCUGGUGGGUCCAGCUAACUCCAGGUGGGACUGUCCUCUGGGGUUUAGGCUACCCCAUAGCACUGAAGCCAAGGAUGGGUUUCUGAAGCUUGAGGGAGCUGAGGAAACAUCCGUGCAAAGGCACCACUGCAAGUCCCGAAGACCACGGGGAGCUGAUCCUGCUCAUGACAAGCGUCAUGUAGGCGCUGAGGCAACCUGUCCUAACACCAAUAGUACCUCAGUGACAGGAGAGAGCCCACAACAGCAUGUCCCGAGACCCAGCAAUGUCACGUCCUAUACAGUUGACCUUAUUCAAACAUCUGCGAAGUUCAUUCCCCACCUUGACAAACCUGCUGGAGAUACUCCCCACGCAAAGCCAGUAUGUCAUGCUUUGGGUCAAAUACCACAUCGGGCAGAAUCUGAGAGGGGAAAGUUUCCUCCAAACGCUGACUCAAAUGCUGCUGGUUCCAAGUCGGUGACAAUCCAGAUGUCCUCCAACCUGGCAUCAGCUGCUCUGAAUGCUGGGGCUUUGGGGACUGAUUCUAAAGGAACAGCUUUAGAAUGCACCAUGGGUGACCUUGCUCCCACAGCAGAACCAGGACUGGAGACAAAAUCAAGACAGUGCCGUGAUGUUUCUGUUCAGGCCGAUAUACGUGAGCUUAGACCCUGUCACUGCUGUUCAGGGCAGAGUAACAAGGCCCGGCGCCUCACCAAAUCUGUCUCUCUGGACACAGGCUUCCCUUAUAUCUGCCCACCGGGCAUCUGCCACGCUGAACCCACCCACAGCUGUGUCUGCUGUCAUCACCAGCCCCACUGCCAUUCAGAGAGGCAGAGCCCCAGCCCUGUGUCUUCAGCCUGUAGACACUGCCUGUGCUCCCAUCACCAUCUGGAAGCCCAGUUCAUGAAGACUUUGAGCGUCCUUCAGGACACCACAGUGAAGGAGCUGUGCUCUUGCACAGUCCAGGAGAUGGAAAUGAUGAAGAUGGUGUGCCAGAGCUUCCAGGAGCAUUUGGAGGAAAUUGAACAACACCUUACAGGACAGCAGGCACUCUUUUGCAGGGACAUGACAGAGGAGGAAAGGCAGGAGGCCAAACAGCUGCAGACUCUCCGCUGGGCUCUGCAGCAGCAGGUGGAGGAGCUGGCGUUUCAGUUUGGAGACCGGGCUCAGCAGAUCAAAGAUGAGAUUCUGUUGCACUUUGAGCUUCUCACAGAGGAACAAACUGAACACUAUCCAAACCUGCAUGACUGUUACUGGACAGCAGAAAAGAAUGGCCAGUCUUCAUGUGCUAAAAUCCACCCAGCCAUGGCCCCCCGGGUUGCCUUUCCUUCCCAAGAUGGCCAGCAAACUCUCAGCUCAAGGGUGACCCAUUUACCUGCCUUCUCUUCACCCACCUUGGAGAGCAGCACCAGGAUGUCUCCUCCAGCUGGGGCAGAGUCAGGCCCAGCCCCUUUGUCAAAUUGUCCUAUUGGAGAUAAGGGUACAAAUGUCUUCCUCUAGAUCAGAGUGGUUUUGAUGAUCUUCCUGCAAAGUGUAAGAGCACAUUCCAGCCAGAUAAGAAAAUCUAAAUUGCCCCCCAGAAGUGUCUGGUCAACCUGCUCCAGCUAUUUUUAAAAAUAUUCUACUCUGUGUUUCAACCCAGGAGAAACUCAAUAUUUCAGUAUUUAUUCAAUACAUAAUAAGUGAGCACCUACUAUGUGGCUGGCACAGGGAAUACAUGGGGGCCAAAAUAUGUGUACAUAUCUCUAGAUAUAAAUGAUAGUCUUUGCCCUGCAGAAACAUACAGUCUACUGGGUAAGAUAGAAUGUGGACACAUAAAGACAUAUGGAUUUGAAAACUGUGAAAGAGAUUUGAGGGAAAUUACAGGGUUUUGUGAAAGAGAACAUAGCAGGGAAUCUGACUAAGAUUAAGCUGUCAGGAGUGCCUGGUUGAGGAAGUGACAUCAGAAGAGGGAAAGAAAAUCCAGGGCUCAGAAGGGCCAGCCUGUCCAAUGGCUUGAGGCCGUCGGUCCCUGAAAGCAUUGAAGAAGCUCCCACCAUGACCCAGGAGAUCCUCGAACGCUAGAGACAGUUGUAAACAAGACAGACAUUCGACUCAUAAAGAGCGGGAUGGAGAGCGGAGAAAAGAACAACCAACAAGAUAACUUCAACAUUGACAAAUACCAUGGAGAAGACAGCAUGUGAACACUAGGGGGUGGUGUGGAAGAGAAGCGUACAGAAUUCCUGAGGGUGACGGGCAGGGCCUUGCUGAAAGGAGGCUAUUUGGCUAAAAUCUGGAUGGUGUGGAAGAGGAAGCCAUGUGAAAUUCUGAGGGAAGAACCUUGAAAGCAGAAGGAAUGGAAAGUUUAAAGGCCCUGAGGCAGAACCAGCUGAAGUUGCUGAGCACAUGAAUGAUGGGAGCGUGGAGGGCGAGGAUGUCCAUAGGCUGACUGUAUGGGGAUCUGAGAACCAGGAUCCUUCUUCCUUGUGGAAGCCAUUACAGGCUUUAAGUAGGAUUGUCAGAUAGUCUGGUUUACAUUUAAAAAUCCCACUGACUGCCUGUGGGGAGCAUGUGGUUGGGGACAUGCAGCUAGGCAGCGCUCCCAGGGACGAGGCUGUUGGUGUAAUCCCUGCGGUAAGAAGCAAAGUGUUGAGUUGCUUCCAUGCAGCUGGGGAAGCUUGGGAACCGCCCCCCACCCCCCACACUGAAACGUGGGAUGCACUGGCAGUCUUAAAGCCCUGGAGAAGUUCUAAGAAAUGAGGAAUGAAAGAAGAAUGGAACAGUCAGAAGAACUUCAUGGAAAAAGUAGUCCCUUGAGAGAAGUUAUAACGUGUAGGAGAUGGGCCAGUGGAGGUCACUUCCUAGCAAGGAAGUUUCUUUGGAAACUAGCCACUACCAGCUAAGAUUGGGCCUCUUGGCCUGUUUCAUCCUUCAUCCUCCUUGCUUUUUGAAAACCCUUUGGCUUCAGGGGAACCCUCCUACCCUCUGGACCAUUCCAGUUUCCUCUGUUGACGGCCCUUUCUCAGACUGGGAACACUCCCCUUGCAUCCUUAAUUCUCUAUUUCUUUCUCUCUCCACACCAAUUUCCCCAAUAUGUGCAAUCUACAGGCACCCGUCUCCAGUUCCUGCCCUCUCCAGAAUUCCUGCCCCGCAUUCUCUACUCUCUAUAACAUAUUUGCACUUGGAAGACUGGCCUGUCUGUCUCACUCAGCCUCCAACCUGAUCCUGUCAAUUCCCAGAAUCGGUUCAUCUUCCUGAUACUUUCUGUCCACGGCAUUAUCGUUCUCCUUGACGUGUUGACUCAGAACCACAAAUUCAUGUUGUCUCCUAGUCCUCCUUCAUCCUCUUGCCUCAGAAUCAAAGAUCACAUCAACGCUGAGGGGACUGCUACAGUGUCAUUCCCACAAGCUCCCUCAGAACCUACUACCUGGUGAACACCCAACUGAGGGGCCUUCUAAUUGCCUCUAGCUUCCUUCUCUCUGAGCUAUACUGGCCUCUGCCAAAGUGGUCUCCCUAGGUCAUCACUUGGGUCAUAUUACCCUGGCCUAGGGUGAGUAGCCAGGGAGUUCUUUUAGGCUAUCCUAGAGAACUAGAGAGAAGUCCCAGGAUCAUCCUGCCCAGAGCAGUCUUGCCCCAAAUAAGCUCUAUGCCCCCUCCUGCAUCCUGCUGCUUCAUUUCCCUGGACUACAUCCCUCUUUUGGCUCCUGCAGCAUGGUUCAGCUUCCAGCCCCAACUUGGCUCCUGAUAUACUACAUAUAUAUGUGCAUAUGUACAUGAUGUAUGUAUAUGGUACCCCCCAAAUUUUUUCCCUUUCUAAACUUUUAAAAUUUUUUACUCUUUCCCUGGGUCAGAUGCUAGGCAUCCUUGUUUAUCUCCAUUUAUCUCCAAUGUAGACUUUGAAAAAUUUGCCAUAAUUUCUGGAGAUGACUUCAGAAGUGAAGGGGGAGGCAAAAAAGACCCAUUGCCUUCAGAUGAAGGGUAGCAUCUGGAAUCUCUAAGGAUCACUAAACAUCUCAUGGCAUUUCCUUGUUUAUUCUCCAAACUCUCCAACAAAGAGCACCAAAGGGGAACCAAGAUGUAGAGAGCUGCCCAUCAACCCAGAACUUUUGCUGUCUUCGGCCCAUCAUGACCUGAUUGCCAACACUACUUCCAAAUGCCAUCUUCUGUAGUUCAUGUCCUUCUUCUCAUAAACAUGAAACCUCUAGAAGCCCAGGCCACCUGGUGAUCCAUGAAGUAACUGCUAGUGUCCCCAGGGGUUCUCUAUUCUGAAUACCCUUUAGACUCACUGGGGAGAUUUAAAAAAUACUGACAUUGAAACCCCACCCCAGAUCAAUUAAACAAGAAUCCCCAGGGAUGGGAUCCAGCUACCCACAAAUUUUAACAGCUCCCCAAAUUAUUCUAAUAUGCAGUUAAAAUUGUUGCUCUGGAUGAAAAGGCUACCUUACAAUUCAACUGUUCCUGUUGUUUUCUAAGGACUCUCUUUUAUUUCCCAUUUUUCUUUCUAUACCACCCCUCUUAGCUAAAGAAGUCUUUCAUGAUUCAUUGACAACCAUUGAAUUAGGAAACUGGGAGAAAAGAGAAAGAAAAAUGAUGUGUGGACUUCAUUUCUAUUUUUUUUAGCAUUGACUUCUACCUUGCUCAUCAGUUCUUACAUUUCAUCUUUAUGGAUAAAGAAGUGGUAAACAGAUGACUUUGUUCUGUUUUCCUUCCUUUCCCAGAAGUCCUAUUCCAAAUUUGACAAACCAGAUUAAAUACACAUAUUUGAUUCAGUAGGUCAGGGUAAGGAUUAUUUGUUUCUUCUAUUUAACACCUUCCUUCUCUUGGAGGAAAAUGUCUAUAUAAAAUAGCCCAUUACAAAAAUUAUGGAUAUGUAAGUAGUCUUCUAAAUGUAUAUAGUUCUUCCACCACUAGGACACAGCACAAACAUUCUAGAAAGGUGAACAAUUAGACAAAUUUCUUUUAUGGCAUAAAUAUUAAAUAUAAAUGUAAAACUGGGUUUUUUGAGUAUUAUUUAGAGUACAUGAGGAUAUGAAGCAAGUUUCUCAAGGAUGGAAUCUACAACACGCAUUUAGGUAACUCAAAUACUCUGACCUUAUGAUCUCCCCUUGCAUUCUUCCACCUUUUCCAUAAAUAAGCUUCUAAAAUUCAUGUGCAUAUCAUACUAUUUAUAGCAGUUACAGUGUUUCACUCCAAUAUCAAUGUACUCAACCUAAAAUAUCAUAAAACAUUACGGUUAUGGAAUGAAUGUUGAAGCAAAGUAAAUGCCUUCCACCUUGAACCUUCAGGUAUCCCUUGCUGGCCUCUUUAUUCAAGGUGAUACACAAACAAUGUCCCAUACUAAGCACUUACCUUGCAAUCUCUUGUUCUCAAACGUAGGUUCACAGCAAAACUGCUCACUAGGCUUGGAAAAAGAAAAUGUUUUUAAGAUUAUUUAUUCAUCUGAGAGAAAGAGAAAGAGCAGGGGGAAGGGCAGAGGGAAAGGGAGCAGCAGACUCCCUGCUGAGUGUGAAGCCCAAUGCAGGGCUUGAUCCCACAACCCCCAGACAAAGAUGCAACCUCAGCUGAAACCAAGAGUCCAGUGCUUAACCACUCAACCAACUGAGCCCCCCCAGGCACCCCUAGGCUCGGAAAAUUUUUCUUCUGAGAACCUAGCUUAAAGCUAAAUAAGAUUCCACUUUGGAGUCCAGAUGUAUUUUGACGAAGUUCAGAGGUGUUUUUUACCUGAGUUGCUUCCACACAAAUAGAUGGAAAUGAAGAUUUGGUUGUUACCAGUUUAUAUAAUCAAACUGGAUAAAACCGAUGGACAGACCAUGCAGGUCACCAUUUGUUUACACAAAAAUAGGAGUCUUUGCCUGUGACAAACUUUACCUCAUUUGAGUCUCACAGUGCUAAAGGAAGUAUUCCCCAUCUGAACGAUGAGGAAGCUAAGAUACGGAGGGGCUGACCUCAUAAGCACACACUGAAUCUUGUGCUUUAUUAAGAAGCAACUGCAUGCUGGGGGUAGGAGCUUAAGCUCUGGAGUUAAAUCCAGGGUCUGAAGCUUAAACCCAACUCUUCUACUUAUUAUCUGUGUUGGGUAAACUUCUUAAUCCCCAAGCCUCAGUGUCACCAUCUAUAAAUUAUCAGAGUGAAUACAUAUGUAGCCCUUUAGAACGAGUGCAAUAUGGUUCAUUGGAAUAUGGUUCAGUAGGAUUCCAUACCGAGUAUGGUUCAGUAUGAUUAAGAUUCUGAUGACAAUAAUAACAAGAAGAGAGGAAACUCCUUAAUACCUACUUCCAUGCAAGGUAUUGGGUUAGACAUUGUAUGUGCAUUACCACUUUUCUUCACAACCAUCCUGAAAGGCAAGAAUGAAUACACACACACACAC